AUGGGGCUAGUGGUUGAUAAUCACGGCCGUGAAACUGGCGUCGGUGGGCGCGUCGAGAUGGAAGUGUCGGGUGUCGAGAAAAAGAAGACGUCCAACUACGUCCUCGUCGUAAAAGAAACGCGGACACAAUUGCGUGAAUGCGAAAAAGCCAGUAUGGACGAUGUUGAAUGGGCGAGAGUGCGGAAGAAGCGUGACUACAAUGGGGAAAUCCAGAUAGUUAAAAGGAGACAGUGGAGGAAAAGACGUGAUAGCCGGAAAAAGAAGCAAGCCGAUCGUCGCGUUCGCUCCUUCCUCACGAGUCUGUUCGAUGUCGCGCAACGCCACAAAGACUUCUUUUUCUCUGGCGAACGAGGGAAGGAGAGGAAAUGGGCAGACGAGGAAGCGUGGGAAGUCGCGAGCGAAAAAGUGUGGGUCCCUUGA